AUGAAGGACGUUACUCAUUACGGUCCUGCUUUAUGUACCAAGUUUCAUAAUGACUAUGUUCUAGCCGGCUACGGGCCUUUCGUCCAUGUGUAUGACUAUCGUUCGAAUACGUUGAUCAGCAAAUGUAGAAUGUUUCAUAAAAACAAAGUCCAUGGAAUUAGCAUUUCUGCCGGAGAAGAGGUUUUGGCCUACGGUGCGAGGUCAAUAUCAGUGGUAAGGUUCGAAGACAUUUUGAAAAACGAGUCAUUGGUGGAUUCGGAAAAGAUUAACUCAGAUUGGGUUACUAAUGGUGAAUUCAGUUCUGACGGGUCCCAAGUAUAUUUACUGACCUGUUAUAACAAAGUGCUGAUUUGCGAUUUGAGUUGCGAAGUGCUCUCAACCAAAUCUUUACGUGGAGAAAGAUCCAUCUUAUAUUCUGGUAUGAUUAAAGUCUUUGCUCCAGAUAAAGUGUAUAUCAGUGCUGGUACUGUCAUGGGUGGUAUCAUCAUCUGGGAUCUUUUUUCAGAGACCAAAAUCCACAACUUGCUGGGCCAUGAAGGUUCUAUCUUCUAUGUUACUUUAAGUAACAACGGCAGUUUCGUAGCCAGUUGUUCUGACGACAGAUCCAUUAGACUAUGGGAUUUAGACACUGGUGAAGAACUGUCUGUUGGGUGGAGCCACACAGCAAGAAUUUGGAAUUUGAAGUUCUUUGACAAUGACACAAAGUUAAUUAGUGUUUCGGAAGACUGUACAUGUCGUGUAUGGACCGUUAUGGAAUCUCAAAAAAACAUUACCGAAUUAUCGAUAUCUAAUAUUUAUGACGUGCACUUGAGCAAAAACAUCUGGGGCGUUGAUGUCAAAGAAGAUGAUAUGAUAGCUGUGACAUCUGGGAAUGACGGCAGAUUGAAACUGAUCGAUCUACUACACUUGGAAAGACAUGGUGAUGAAGAAACAUCAUUCAACUUGGAUGAAAUUAGUCAGCAACUUGACAUUGUCUUUGAUAAAAAUGAAACUAUCAAGGGGUUCCAGGGAUUUUCGUUUGGUAUAGUUAUCAUCACAUCACUAGGCAAGAUCCUUCAAUUUAGAAACACUACUAAGCAAUGGAAAUUAUUGCUAACCGACGAAAACUUUGUCGCGUAUUCAAUCACGAACGGAAUUCAAGCACAAAAUAUUGUUGUCUUCUCUAACAAUAAGAAGGAUAUUCUUUUGAUUAGAUUUAGCGAAAAUGGAGAUGAAGUAAUGCAUGUUGAGCAACAUCAUACAACUGAGCUUUCCAAGACCAACAACUGUCUUGUGACUGAGUACGACGAACAUUCAUUUCUUCUAACCUUGGAAUCUCCAAACCCUCGUGAUAAGCUUUUAUGUCUAGAGAUAGAUUUUCAAGACUUGAAAAUUAAAACUAAGCACUGUUUUAAUAAGCCUGAAAACUUUGCUUCCUCAUGUUUAGCGUCUUUUCAAAAUUUCGUUUUGGUUGGAUCGCGUUUUAGUACAUUGGCGAUCUUUAACUUACUUAAUGAUGAUGACGAGCCUUUCAUAAUUAGGAGAUUAUGUCCAGGUGACACUACUACCUCAAUCAAAUUCGUAGAAAAUAAAAAUGACUCCACUGUCUUUUCUGUAACCAACAGGGAUGGUUACUAUGACUUCAUAGAACUGACGAAAAGCAACUGCGAAAGCCCCCAUCCCCAAUUUUCUUACAAGAUUUUACACUCUAACAAGAUGAUGAAAGGGUUCUUAGAAGGUGCUUUUUUCAAUUCAAACGGUGAAUAUAUCACUUAUGGGUUUAAGUCUAGUUUAUUCUACCUCUACAAUGAGACAAACUGUUAUGAAUUAGCUAGUGAAGUAUGUGGUGGUGCCCAUCGUCAAUGGAAGCUCAACAAUGUCAAUGAUGGUCACAUUCUGAUGUAUAUCAAGUCAUCGCGGUUGCAUCUAAGGAAAAUGUAUCAUUCUGUGUUUCCUGAGACUUUAGAAAAAGGCAUUCAUGGAAGAGAAAUUAGAGACAUUUCGAUUUGUCCAGGGGCAAGUGCCGAUACAGAUGGCAAUUUUAAAGGAGGUCAUAUAUUUUGUACCGCAUCUGAAGACACCACGAUCAAAUUAGGAUACUUCGACAAUAAAACAGGCAGAAUCCGGAACUUUUGGACUCAGAGGAAACAUAUUUCUGGGUUACAACGCUGUCGAUUCAUUAAUGAAAAAUUAAUGAUAUCAGCUUCAGCUAGAGAAGAAUUGUUUUUGUGGGAAUUGAAUGAUAAGUACGAUAAACGACCAUAUGUAACAAUACGGCAAACGCUACCGACAUCCACUAACAACCCAGAUUUAAGAAUCAUGGAUUUUGACGUGAAAUUUGUAUCUCAGUCGGGUGAUUUCAUCUUAGUAACUGUUUAUUCAGAUUCAGCCAUAAAGAUCUGGUAUUACAAAGAAGAAGAAAACAAAUUUGAAUUAAUUACGGAAGGUCGUUACAAGACGUGCUGCAUAUUCAACGUCGCGUUGGUUGCACUGAAGAAUCAGCUUUUCGUUGUCAUUUCACCAACAGAUGGAUAUGUUGUUAUCUAUAAUGUAACAGAAUACGUACCGUUUACCAUUGAUGUUACCUCUGGUGAUUUGGCGGACAAUAAACUAGAUACUGUUGUUUCGGGUCUUCCCAUGCCUGUGUUGCAGUUGCAAGUGCAUCAGUCGGGUAUCAAAUCCUUAGACUACGUCGUUGACACUAUGAGAACAUCAGCAGCAAUUUUGACAGGUGGUGAUGACAAUGGAUUGGGGUUGAGCUACUUGACGUUGGAUGCUGUGAACACUCCAGCGUUAAAGGCAAGCGAUUUUAUCGAUUCAGCUGCAUCUUCAACAAUAACGUCAGGUAUAUUGAUCAAUGGCGGCGAAGAAGCUAUCACCACGUCUGUUGACCAAAUCGUACGCGCUUGGAAGAUUACCGAGGGGAAACUUACUCUGGCGGAUGAAAAGUAUACCACUGUGGCGGACACAGGUUCAUUGGACAUCAUUUCAAAUAAUGACAACACGGAAUUCGACAAAACGUUGCUAAUCGGUGGUGUCGGGCUAUCCUUAUGGAGAAAAUGA